GUUUUUCCUGGUCCACCCGUUUCUACAUCCGGAAAUCAGUUCCGUUCCCUCACUCAAGCCUCUACUUCAAAACCCUCUCGAAUGCGAAUAACCAAAAUCCUCACGGAAGAAGAGAAAGGAAGAGCAGAGGGUGAAAGGAAAAUCUCUCCAAAGAAAGGAAAUCUCGAAGAAUCAUUCAAUGCUCAGACAAGCCCUUACCGUGAGCCCAAUCUUUCCCAUUCGUCCUAAACACCAUAAGCGGUUUUGUCGCUUAUGUUCGCCUUCGAUUCCGGUGAACGCUUUUUCUCAAUUAAAAGGAGCUAUGUAUAUGAGGCAUUUGGGAAUGGUGUUAUCAGCGUCUAUGCAGCAGACAUCUAUGGUUAUGCCGAGGAAGAAAAGAAAGGUGGUGGAGCACAUAUGUCUGCUUAAAACUAAGGAAGAUCUGGGUGAUGAGGAAGAGAAGGAUAUGCUGGAUUAUCUUUAUACAACGCAAUAUCAGAUGAGAGGCAUUGUUGCAAUAUCAUUAGGACGAAUCGCUGAUAGCAAUGUUGAAAAUUAUACACAUGCAGUUUACAUGCGUUUCCAGACAAAGGAAGAUCUUGCCAAGUUCUAUGAGAACCCUUUCUAUUUGGGAGUUCUCAACGACCAUGUGAUGCCUUAUUGCCAUGGAUUAAUGAAUGUGGAUUAUGAAUCUGAAGUUGAAGAUGAUAUUCUUCCUAUAUUCCGUAAAGGAGAGGAAUUUAACUUUGGCUUAGAAUUUGUGCUUUUGAUUGCAUUUGUUGAGAGUGCAUACGGUGUAUUGGCAGAAGGUGCUUUGGCAUCUCUUGACAAAUUGACAGAACAAUUUCCAUCCUUAAUUGUUCAAUCUACUCAAGGUCCAAAUUUUAAUAGUGGGAGUCAGGAGUACACACAUGGGGUGGUGACAAGAUUCCGAUCAGUCGAGGCUUUCGAGAUAUUUGUGGCCAGCCAAGAAUAUGAAGAUAUUUUUGUAUCGAAACUCCAGCCAUUGACAAAGAAGAUGCUUCCUAUUCAUUUUUCUGUUGAUCCAGUGGGCACAGAGCUAAUGUAAUAAGGGUUUACCACUUUUUCAGAAAAAAUGAAAGGAGAUACAAAUUUACGGAAAUAUUGCUGGCUUAAAAUGGCCUUUCCAGCAGACUUUGUUUGUUCUGGCACUGACCACAAAGGUAAAGGGAGAUUCUGAAUUGUGAAAAGGGAAAUGGAUUUCCUUGCUGUAAGUCACCAGAGAAUGAUGUUAAAUUGAUGGAUUUCUAAUCUUCGAAGUAGAUCGAGCAACAUCAGUUUCCUCCCUUCCCUUUCGUAGGUGAAUUUGGUCGCAUGAGAAGGGACGAGGAGUGGAUGUGUAGGAGCAAUACACCUUUUACCUGUGGAUCAUGAUCAUCCAUGGCGGGAUUAUAAUUAAAAAUAUAAAAGCAUUGGAUUAAUUGGAUGCUUAUGAGUGUUUAUGCACUAUACAUGUUCAGAUGAAAGUUGAGUGUUUAUCCAACUUCCUUUAUUGCUGAUUUUUACUUUA